GUUCAGAGUACGGUCCAGUUGACGCUUCAAAACACUCCAGCCAUAUGUAUGACAUCAUGAAUACGUCACGGAUUUUCGCUCCCAGCUCGCUCCCAAUGCCUCAGCCCAGAGAGGUAGUACGAUUGAAGCGUUACGUUUGAAUGUGUAAAGCGCGGUAAAUAGUAAAAGUAAUCUCGUGUGAUCAAUUUUAUUAAGAUCAAUUUUUGUGUGUUAAACAUCAACAAAAUGAAGACAAUUAAGUUGUACGAUCCUGAAACGGACAAUACUUAUAUUUUAGAAGUAAAUGAAGAAGAGGCCGAAAGAGCUAACGAUGAUCUGGUGUUUGCGACACAACUAUUAAAACAGAGACUGCGGGACCAAACGCAGUCGAUUGCUGAAACAACAUGUUCUUCGAAUAGCACAUGCCAUGACAGAGAAGAAAAAAUGCAAGAAUCCUCUGAUAAUUCUGAAGAGAAAGAUGGUUUCCGUUGGCCACACGAAGCAGUUCUUCUGCUUCUUGAAGUUUUUAAAGAACGUGAGACUAAACUUACAUCUGGUAAAAUGUCUGUGAAAAAGUUUUGGGACAUGGUUGCCUCUGUGUUACGUGAAAAAGAUUAUAAUGUUACCGGCUCGCAAUGCAAAAGUAAAAUGACAGGAUUAAAAAAUACAUAUAAGAGCGUAAAGGAUCACAAUGCAAAAAGUGGAAACAAUAAACGAACAUGGCGAUAUUUUGACAUUAUGGACGAACAGUUUAAUAAAAAACCAUGGGUAGCUCCAAUUCGUACAUUAGAUAGCAAUAAUCCAACUAUUCCAACUUCUAAUGAUAAUAACAGCGAUACAAAAAAAGUUGUAUGCGAAAGUAAAGUGCCUUCUAAGCGCAAAAACAAUGUCAACAUAGAAAAGUUACUUGAGGACAAUAUGAUUGAGCGUAAAAGAAUGCAUACAGAAGCAAUGUCACGUCAAGAUGACCUGUUGGGUAUUCUACGACAAUUAGUUGCUAAAAAUAUUAAUACGGAUAUGGAUUAAUUGUUAUUUUUAAGAGUUCUGUGAUAUUAUAUAUAAUAUUUCUUAUGAUUCUCUUUAUCACUUUAAUAUCAUCACAGAUUUCUUUUUCUAAGUGCAAAAAAUGUGUUCGUAAGUUUAUUUCUU